AUGAUCAACUCGGGAAUGAGCUGCCAAUUGAUUCAUUAUACUCAUGAAGAACAUGACAAGUUCUUCGAACUUUGCAAAAAUUUUGACUUCGUCAUUGUGAGGUGCAACCCCGGGCAGAUCAAAGCGGAUGGUGGAGACCAGCAAAAGUUCGAUGAUGGCAUGCGUGCCUUGAGAAAGGCGGGCAAACAGAUUUGGCCAUCCCCGGAUGUCAUGGAGAAGAUGGGUGCCAAGGAUGCUUUGUGCAAGGUGGCGACCAUGAACAUUGGUUUGGAGGACACUUUGGCAUACUACUCGCCCGAAGAGUUCGCCGCCGGCUUCAAGAAGACCAUGGCCUUCCAACCGCGUGUGAUCAAACAGAAUCGAGGCUCUUCUGGGGAAGGUAUUUGGAUCAUCAAACUCAAGGACGAAAAUUAUUGUAAAUCUUAUGGCGAGAGGUCCUGCGAGGAUGGUGAGAAACUCCUUCUCAUGGAGGCCAAUGACAAUCACGAGGAGGAGCACACCGUUGCAGAGUUUAUUGAGUUCUGCGUGAAUGGCCGCAACGACAAGUCUGGCACGUGGACCUCCAAGGGCGUUGGAAAGUACUUGGAGGGUGGCAAGGAAGCUGGUGGACAGUUGGUGGAUCAGCGCUUUUGCCCCCGCAUUGUGGAAGGUGAGUUGCGCUACAACCUCGUUGGUGAUUCCCUGAUUGGAGUCAUCCACAAGAAGCCCAAGGAGGGAGGAAUCUCGGCUGUGGGUGGAACCGGCUCCAUCUACACCUUUUAUGGACCUGAUGAGCCACUUUUCAAAAGCUUGACCGAGAAUUUCUUGCAAAAGGACCUGCCCCACGUCAUGCCCUCGCUUGACUUGGCCGAAGAACCUUUGCCACUUUGGUGGACUACUGACUUCAUCAACGCCUCACCACCAGGAACCAAGGCUGAGGAUGAGAAAUGGAUCGUCGGCGAGUUCAAUUGCUCCUGCGUUGGCAUUUCGCGCUGCUUGGCCGCCUACUGCAAGGAUGACACCCCCAACGCCAACUGGGAUGAUAUCUCUGCGGAGGACAAGGCUGAGGCGGUUCUGUUGGUGGUUGCAUUGAAGGAAUCCCAAGUGCCAUCCUGGAGAACCGCCUGUGUGGAGAUUGCUGCAGCCUUGAAGGAAUUGCCCGCAGACCAUCUUGCCAAGAUUAAGGAUGCAUGCAUGGAGAAGAAACCAUGCCCCGGCCCUGUCGAUUGCAGCUCCAUCACGGUGGUUGCCAAAGACUACAAGGGUAUGCUAGAUCAGCCUUCAGCUCCAAAGUUCAAGGGGGCUUUGGCUCAGAUCUAUGUCCGAAGCCAGCCUUACGGAGGUUCAGACAAGAGCAACAACGGCCAUCGUUACGAUUCCAUUCCCAUUGUGAAUGGAAUGAUCAACUCGGGAAUGAGCUGCCAAUUGAUUCAUUAUACUCAUGAAGAACAUGACAAGUUCUUCGAACUUUGCAAAAAUUUUGACUUCGUCAUUGUGAGGUGCAACCCCGGGCAGAUCAAAGCGGAUGGUGGAGACCAGCAAAAGUUCGAUGAUGGCAUGCGUGCCUUGAGAAAGGCGGGCAAACAGAUUUGGCCAUCCCCGGAUGUCAUGGAGAAGAUGGGUGCCAAGGAUGCUUUGUGCAAGGUGGCGACCAUGAACAUUGGUUUGGAGGACACUUUGGCAUACUACUCGCCCGAAGAGUUCGCCGCCGGCUUCAAGAAGACCAUGGCCUUCCAACCGCGUGUGAUCAAACAGAAUCGAGGCUCUUCUGGGGAAGGUAUUUGGAUCAUCAAACUCAAGGACGAAAAUUAUUGUAAAUCUUAUGGCGAGAGGUCCUGCGAGGAUGGUGAGAAACUCCUUCUCAUGGAGGCCAAUGACAAUCACGAGGAGGAGUGGAGUGGGUUUCUUUUGGAAUUUUAA